GUGAAAAUGAUCCUCUGGGUCGCCUUGUUGAUGUCUCCCUGUUGUUUGGGUCUGAAUGGAGCUGCAGCAGAAAGCAUUGGACUGGAGAGGAUAAAGAAAUGUGGCACCAGGUGUUCUCAGGGCCUUCAGUGCAAGACCAAGCCAGGCAAUUGGUUUCCUCCUCCGUGCCAAGACCCUGCUGUCGGUCUCAACACCUCCUCCGUGUUCCACAACAUCAGCCUCUCCCCAGUCAUGAUUUGUGAGGGCAGGCAGAAGUGCUCAAUGCGCCUCAGGAUCAAAACCACAUUACAACUGACUGAGUCCGUCCACGGUGUGUCCGUCUGCACCGUCACCGCGGGGAUGAUGGCCAGCUGCCAAAUAUUUAGCUUCACAAAAACAUCCAGAGAAAGAAAGGCUGGCCUGCAGGUGGAAGUUAUGAAUGAUUGCACUGACAUUUCCCAGAGCCAACAUGUGCAAGUUACUGUGAAAACUGUGCCAAGCUACUGUGGCGUAACCUGGACAGGCACCUAUGACGCUCCAGGCUGCAACAGUGAAGAUCUGCGAAGACACGUCCCAGAAUGCAUCACUGGGAGGCUGUCAUAUGAUGUGAACUCAGAGAGGAAGCAGCUGAAUGUCAGGGUGUCAGACAUGAUGGAAGAUCACGACUACCACCUCCGUCUGUGCCGUAAGGAUUUUAUCUGCGUUGGAACGGGGGCCUACACACUGAUAAAGAAGAGCGAACCCGUAAAGAGCGCCACUUUCUCGUACUCCCGACCUUUGCCCUGCCUCUGCAUUGAGGGAUGGUCAGCUGUCGUGGAUGCUCCCAGAGUCCAGGUCUGCCCCUUCAGAGACCGUCUCGAGGAGCUGUGGACUGGAAUAAACUUUAACCCAAUGGAGGAGAUGCUGUCAUGGGAGCCCCUCUGUCCUGUGACUGCUGUGGUUGUGUUGUGCCAGAAAAGAGAGGAUGGUGUGUGUGUGGAUCUGGCUCACUCCUCACAGAAUGUUAGCAGAGAAAAGAUAACAUUUACUAAAGUGGAUCCUCACCCUCAGCUGUGCAUGAAGUUCACUGCAGGCUCUGAGUCCUGGACCAGGUGCCCCUUCGCUGAUGUCAGAAUCAAAGCAUGGGAGGUGAUGAGACAACAAGGUCAGGAAGACGUGAACAUGUUGUCACAGAUCACUGCAACGUUUUCUGUGGGGCUGUGUGUGAAGUCCGAAGGGUCUAAUGAGUGCCAGGUCACCGAAACACACACCGUGCAUGUGGAAAAACACAAAGCUGUUGGUUUACACUUGGCCGGGGAUUUAUGCAACUCUUGUCUCCAGGUGAAGAGGCUGGAUGUGAACUUUGCUGCCACCGUCAUUCAUUGUCUCGAGAAAUGCAAUGAAACACCGGCCCUCAGACCUGUCAUCUCCAGUCAGCCAUCUUUGGACUUGACCUGGGUUGUUGUCCCUGCUGGUGUUUGCCUCUCUGGCAUCAUAAUUAUCACCCUGGUGCUCCAUGUGCUGUUAACUGUGUAUCAGAGGAGGAAACAGAACAGAAAUGGAGGCGGUAUCUCUGAAAAGCAUACAGAUCCUGCUUUUGACUGUGUGGUCCCUGCAUUAGAAACUCUGCCUACUCUCCACAAUGGGGUCCUCGUACCUGAUUCACCACAGUGUGGGAACACUGAGAAGUCCAACUUGAUCUCUGAAUGACAGAAGAACAGUGCUCCUAUCAAAAUCAUUAAAUGUGCAGUAUGACACUGUAAUGUUACAGAAACCAAACCUCUGCUGGGUGCAGCUUAUGAUGUUGGUACAGAUAUUUCAAAUGUUAUCUAUGUUACUGUAUAUUUGUUAGUUAGUAUGCUUGGUAUAGUUACUGGCUGUUGUUUAUGUUUGGUUUUUGAAUGUUUGGGUGAAAUUUAACAUGUACUGUUGUUUUUAUUUUAUUUUAUUUAAAAUAUUCAUUCAGCUUGCAGCUAAACAGUCAGUUCCCAUCCUAAUAUAUAUAUAUAUA